AUGACUGAUUCAGCUAUAAUUAUAGACGCGAUGGAUCUUUUGUACUCUAGCCGGUAUAAUAGAUCCUGUCUUGUCCCAAGUAACAGUGACUUUACCUGGCUGGCCACUUGUAUCUGCGAGUCAGGACUAAUCGUGUGCAGAUUUAAUAGCCACUUAGCAAGUCAGUUGCAAACAACAGUAGAAGCAGUGUCUGAUAAUAAUGGCUGGGCAAGACUCUCUAUCAUUGGCCAGCUCCUCACAAAAAAAUACCCUGACUUUGAUUCUCAUAUCUAUAGAUACCAUAAGCUUAGUGAUCUUAUCACUGCCUUGUCAUUGUUUGAGACUCCCCGCAGCUCCCUUGGAAAGGGCUCACCCACGGAGAUCUUCGUACAGGAUAAGUGUCGGAAGCCUAAGAGUUCUGCUAUAUAA